UAUUUGAAUCAAAAGCUAUUAUUUUUACUAUUUUACUCAGGGAGUCGUCAACUCCCUGAUUUUACUCAUAGUUGCAUUUUAGUCGUAGAUCUACGCUUGUCUCAUUUGCAUUGCGUAGUAGACAAGGAGAGCGUCAUGACCACGAAGGCUGAGAGAUGGUCAGGGAAAGGCCAGGGGGCUUGGCAUGAUUUAGUGGCUGCUGACUGUCGGAUUUCCAGAUGGAUAGCACUGGAGUUUGUUCCAGCUACGUUGACAAGUGUGAAGAGAUGGAUGGGUUUAGCCCUAGAAUACUCAGGACAUGGUGUACCCUGGAUUGUGCUCGGUAUUUACGCAUUGAAGACGGCACGCAGUGAUGUGGACAAGGCCCUAGCAGUCAACUUUCUGCUUGGAUUGAUUUUGGAUUUAUUGGUGAUCUGUUUAGUGAAGGCGGUAGCCGCACGGCCGCGACCGCCAUAUGAUGUGAAACAUAGACUGUUGUCCAUAGCAGUGGAUCGUAAUAAUGCCUUUCCAUCUGGUCAUGCUACUAGAGCUGUGUUGAUUGUCGCAUUCUGCGCGGGAUACGUCACGACAAACACCCUAGUAUGGCUGGCUGUGUGGGCGGUAUGUCUGUGUGCGUCACGGGUGCUUAUCGGGCGUCACCACUUACUGGAUGUGGUAGUGGCAGUUCCACUAGGGUAUCUGGAAGCCAUGAUAUCACGCCAUUGGCUGAUCACAGUAGGCAUCACGGAUUUCUUCUUGCCAAUGUGGACAUGACCAAUCAGCGCAGACAGAGUAACUGGAUGACUGACAGGAUGUGACAGAAAGCGAACAGAAUUCAAAUUGCAUUUUACGUUUCAGAUAUACGUAUACGUACAGUUGACUCAAAUCAUUUCAAACUAUCUACGCUUUGUAUGUAAAUCAUGUCCGACAAGUCACUGGAGGCAUAUUGGAGAUGUAUCCGCCGCUUUUUGCGCUUUUGUCUUGGCAAUGACGGUUGACAUCAUGCUCUGGAGGACCGCUGAAUCCAGUUCACAGAGGCUUUUCUUGAUCCAUUUUUAGAACAUCAUCUCAGUUGUGGCAAUCACCCACUAUCGACUGCCCUUCAUAAUGCUCCAAAGAUUCUCGAUAGGGUGAAGUUGUGUAACGUUCGGUGGUUUGUCACACUUCUCUACAAACAAGAUCUCACCAUUUCAUUAUCGCUGAGCAACUCAAGGGUGGCACUGGUGUAAUGGGAGCUUGCCAGAUCCAGCCAAGCUCUAUUCCCUAUCAGACUGAGUCUUGGCCAGGAAAGGGGACAGCUGUGCCAACAAACACCUUAGUGUCAUUGUUACACAUAAAUUCAAUGAACUCCAAACCUUUUGGCAAGUUUUCAAUGAGACACUCCAGUUUUGUCCACGACUGAUUUGACCAGCAUCUUUCCUUGGCUUGCGGCAUGUUGACUGCUUUCCUGACACUUCCUGGUUGUCUUGCAAGUAAUUAGUUGUGUUUCUAUCCCUGAAUGCCGUCCUAUUUAUUUGUAGAAGCUACUUGUGGUCAUUCCUUGCUGCACAAUAAAAGCAAUGCUUCUAUCUUCAUGCACGUAGUAGAAAUUUACAACGGGCACUCAACUUUGUUGCAAUCUUAAGUCCUCCAUUUUCAGAACCCCCAAAGUAAAUUGAAUGGAAUGAACGUGUAGCUUAUGGUGAUGGCCUUUUCAUAAACGAGAUAUGUGCACAAAUCUAACCUUUUUCUCUUCAUUUUUUUGUCUCAUCCUGUUUUAUGUGCCGGAGCAAUGCAUUCGCGUACGUAUGCCGAA